AUGUUCAAGGGCACGGUGUCGAUCGAUCGAAACGCGCUCGCCGACGCGAUCGCGGCGUCCGCGGAGGCGAAGCACGGCGCCGACGUCGUCGCGUUCGCGCGCGGCGUCGGCGUCGACGCGAUCGACUUCGACGCGCGCGUCGUCACCCUCGCGGCGAAGGAAGCGUCAGACCCGGCGUCGGUUUCGUAUGAGCAAUUAGUCUCGUACGACCUCCUCGUCGCCGCGGACGGCGUCAACUCGCGCGUGCGGAGUUUACUCGAAGCCGCGGGCGACGUCGUCGUGGAUCAGCACUCGGAUGAGAUGCUGUUCAAGACGAUCCGACUCCCGGCGCAGACGCCGCCGAACUACCCGCACGACGGCACCGUGAAAGUCGCGGCGACGUGGCGGAAGUGUUUCCACACGUGGCCCAGGGGCCUGAUGUCGUUGCUCGCGCCGCCGUGCCCGAACGGGAGCCUGACGGCGACGGUGAUCCUGCCGGGCGGCGUCCACGCCGCGAACGCGGGGUCCGACGUCUGGACGUUCGAUAAGAUUUCAACCGCGGAGGACGCCGCGCGGUUCUUCGCGGAGACGUUCCCGGACGCGUUCGGGCGCGACGUCGACGCCAUGACCGGCGCGGUGUCGCCGACGCGCCCGCCCGAGGAAGAGCUCGAGCGGUUCGCGAGCGCGCGCGCCAACCCGGGCGGGGUCACGACGACGAUAUCGAGCCUCGCCGCGAGAGACGGCACCGUCGCGUUGAUCGGCGACGCCGCGCACUCGAUGUGGCCGAGCCUCGGGCAAGGCUGCAACGCGCGCUGGAGACGGCGCAGUAUCUCGCGGCCGCGAUCGAGUCCGCGCCGGGGGGCGACCAGAAGAAAGCGAUGGCGUACUUCGACGCCGUGCGAGGGCCGCAGGUGCGGGCGAUAG